GGCAACUCUAUCCAACAGGAGGAACGUUGACAAUUCAUAAACUUCGCUGUAGGAGAAGAGAAUAAUAAAACAGGGGUUUCCCACAGUAAAGAGAGCUUAAAUUCUCCGAUGGAUGUGGCAGAGGUGGCGUAUGCACAACAGAGAGGGACGUCUCCAAAUCAUUUAAACGAAUUGGCCCAAAGCUAGAGAUGGAUCUCCAACACUCCCUAAUGGCCAAGAGACGGAUCUCAUGCACCCUGCACAGUCUAGUUCUCUUUAACGAAAGAAGAAGAAGAAGAAGGGUUGUGUUUCCUGGAAAAAUCUACAAGGUUAUUUUUUCCAUGGUCGCCGCUGCAGCAGGGCCACAACUACAUUUAUUACGUCUAACUGCUUCUGUUUACUCUUUGAUGAAGGGCUACUGCUUUUGACUUGUUACUGGUUCGAUUUUGGAGCCAACAAGACCACGAUUAGGUGGAAGACAACUCUUUCAACACUCCAAGUGCCAGGCAAUGAGUCGUCUCUCUAAGUCGGUCAUUUAAUGUGGCUCUGUCCAACUCCACAGCUCUCUCGGAUGGCUGCUAGAGGAAGAAAGACAGUAGGCGGGUGCUGGGUAGAGAGAGAGAGUGGGAGGGUCCUGAAGGGUUCUAGAGGUAGAAGAUAGCUCCCUCCCAGUCAGUGGCGACGAUAAGCGUUACGCAUCUUAUGUUCUCCCCAAGCAGUAAGCUCCACGGUUUCCGUUUCUCAUGCUUCCACGCCAGUUCAAGACAUUGUCUCUUGAAAACAGGGGUGUCUCGCCAUCAUCUCAGAUCCACACCACUUCACCUCAACACUGGUUAACAGAACUCCGCUAUUUUUUUACAAAGGCGGCAUCUCUCUCUUUCUCUCUCUGCUGGGGCAAUGUUUCUUCACAAAAGUCUGCUGCUUCUGCUAACCUUCCUCUGCCCAUUUCUUUCCACCAUCUUCUCUCUACCUUGUGCGGAUCACAGAUGCAGAAGCGGCAUCUGCGCCGAGGAUGGGACGUGCAUCUGUAUCCCUCCUUCCAUCACCUUGGACGGCCACCGCCCCUUUUAUGGGGGAAGGUUCUGCGACGAGUUGCAGAUAAUGUGCGGGGUGAGAAGCAUGUUCUGGUGCGAGCACGGAGGAAGCUGCGAAGAGGCCGUGCUGGGGGAGGAGGAGUACUUCUGCGCCUGCCCCUGGGGUUAUGCCGGCCGCCAUUGUGAAUUGGUCGGAGCUCCUUGCGGGGAGAUGUUCUGCUUCCAUGGGGCCGAAUGCCUUGUCAACGAGCAAAACUGCCAGUGCCCACCUGACUGGAGAGGCAGCCUUGACUGUGUCCUGCCCACUAGUACUAAUGACUCAGUUGUUCAGAGUACUCCUACUAUCCUUCCUCCUGAUAAAGGCCAUCAUAUUGAAAAGUGGUUUGUAGCAGUCGUGGCAGUGGCAUCUUCGUUGCUGGUAGUCUCUGCUGCUGUUCUCUUAGCCAAGAAAUGUUGUAGGAAGUCAGAAUCAGCGCUUACCAAGUUCCAAGAUCUCUACCAAGUGCAAAUGCAGGGAGUGUUGGAUGAUGAAGAAGACCCUUCACCUGUUCCUGAGCUAAAUGAUGGUGCCCAUCUAUGAUGUCAAUCCUUGAAAGCUUGGAGUCACCAUUGUCGUGUAGAAAGUACAUGUCAGAAAUCGGACAACUAAUUUCUGGUUUAUCAGAAGUUUCAGUCCAUGAAAGGGCCCAGCUUGUUCCACUAACGCCAAAACUCCUGUAACACAGUUUUGCUGAGCUCUAUCUGCUCAUAAUGUAAAAUUGAAUCCUUCGGCUUACUGAAAACAAAGAGGGGGUGUCCAUUGGAAGCCCAUAGUUCUUCUUCACUGGAGGUUCCACGAAGAGAUGGUUGGUUUAUUGAGGGUUUUUACUGUAACAAGUUCUUCAUCUUUUAUACAAACUUCAUGAACAAAUUCUUGCACUGGCUGUAUGAGCUGAUGCUGAGGUAAAAAGAAGACUGCUCGAGUUAAUGAAAAGAAUAAGCAAAAAUUUUGUCAUUUA